AUGGGGAUCAUUUCGAAGAGGUUCUGGGGAUAUGAGCUUAAGGACAAGAAACGGAGAGAAACGGCAUUGAAAGCAGGGGAGGACAGGGCCAUUCUUUUGGGACUGGGGAUGGUGCUCAGCUCUGUCAUGAUGUAUUUUGUGAUCGGCAUCACAAUGGUGCAUGCUUACACAGACAGUGCAUGGACAGAGGAGACCACCUGCACUGUGCUGAACUCAUCUUUAACAAAAUAUGUCAACUGUUCAUAUGGCUGUGGUUCAGACUGUUGGCGGAUCUCCAAGUACCCCUGUCUACAGGUCUAUGUCAGCCUGAACACAACCGGCCGCGUAGGACUGCUCUCUCUCAGUGAGGAGACGCUAGAGAUUAGUUCUGAGUGUUUCUAUGUGCCGAAAUGCCAGAAGGACCACACCGCCCUGCGUGCCCUGAUCACGAACAUAUCCGAGCAUCUGAAGAUGCACCAGCAGGUAACAUGCUAUUAUGCCUCCGGCGAGCAUCAGGCCAGCAUCCUUCUGAACAGCAUUUAUAGAAGCAGUUCAGUUUUCCACGCUCUCUUCUGGCCGUCUUGCAUGUUAUCUGGAGGAACCCUCAUCAUCCUAAUGGUUAAAUUUACUCAAUACCUUUCCAUACUGUGUGAGCAGAUUUGCAAAGUUGCAAGGUGA